AUGUACCCCUCCCGUGUCCUGCGCAUGCAGCCCUCCCGGGCUUUCUACAGCCCCGCCCCCAAGGAGGCUCACUCCGCCCACACCAUCUCUCAGCGCCUGCGCAUGAUCAAGAAGUGUCCUCCUGAGCUGAUCCCUCUCGGUAUCGUCCUUGGCGUUGCCGUCGGUGCUGCCAUCUACUCGAGCACCAAGAAGCUCAUGACCGACAAGACCCUGCGUCUCUACCGCAACAGCCCCGAGAGCCGCGACCACUAA